CCCAUUGUGGUGUUGGAGAGGAGUGAGCCGCUGCCUGAGAGAAGAAGAAAAGAGGCAAUUCUGUGACCACAAAGGGACCCACGAUACGCGGACAGAUAUGGACGUGAACGCACAACACGGACGCUGUUGUCCUUUGUGAAGAGGACCGCCUCGUCCAGUCGGAAAGAUCCGGUAUAUGAAGAGUUAAGACUCGACAUCCCAACUGUUUAUUUCAGCAGCUAGCAGGCUAGCUGGCUAGAUACCUAGGAGCUAGACAUGGGGAGACCGUGUGAGUUUGCUUGAUAGAGAUCUUCGUCGAGCUUUGAAGAAGCUGUUUUCGGGUUAGAUACUGUCGGAAAUGAUUUAAAGUAUCCGUCGCCCGCCGUGUGAGUAGCCGCAACUUUAAAGAAUGAUAUCAACUGAGCGCUAAGCAUUACACUACUACAGACCUGGGGAGGAAAAAGUCAUACAGGCCUGCUGGCUCGAGGUUGCACACAAACACCAAGAAGGGAGAACAUGACUCACUGGCCUCUGCCAGAGCCUGGCACAGGGCAGCUGUGCCAACCUCGCCCCUGCCUGCCGCUUUAGAAGCUACCCCUGUACAUCAUGACGGAGAGGCUUUGAGGUUCGCUCCCUGACGAUCGUCUCAAUACCUCUCCUUCUCCCUAUCCCUCAAGAACCCCCGUCCCCACCAUGCUGCGCUUCCUGCCUCUCAAACUUGGCCGCCUGUACCGCUGUCUGAAGCUCUUAUUGGUUGUAGGGUUGUUUGUCAUCUUGUUGAUGAACACCCACAACCUGUUCGCCUCCUUCCAGAAGAAUGAGCUCACUGACAGACGCUUCAUCAACCUCAACAAGUGUCCCGCCUGCUUUGGCACCAGCUGGUGCCGCAAGUUCAUGAACGGCCAGGUUUCCUUUGAAACCUGGGGUCGCCUACGAUUCCUAGACGUUUUCAAUGUCAAGAAUGUUUACUUUGCCCAGUAUGGUGAGCCCAGGGAGGGCACCCGUCGUGUGGUGUUGAAACGGCUGGGCUCCAACCAGGAGCUGGCUGAGAUCGAUCAGAAAAUCUGCAAGAGGGCCACAGGCAGGCCGCGCUGCGACCUCAUCCAGGCAAUGUACAAGACUGAAUUUGCCCGGAUCAACGGCGACGUUCGUCUGCUCACUCCAGAGGUGGUGGAGGGCUGGUCAGACCUCGUGCACUGCCCCUCUCAGAGGCUGCUGGACCGCGUGGUCCGCAGGUAUGCUGAGACCAAAGACUCAGGCAGCUUCCUGCUAAAGAACCUCAAAGACACGGAGAGAAUGCAGCUGCUCAUGACCUUGGCAUUCAACCCGGAACCGCUCGUACUACAGAGCUUUCCGUCAGAUGAGGGGUGGCCCUUCGCCAAGUACCUGGGAGCGUGUGGGCGCAUGGUAGCUGUCAACUACGUGGGCGAGGAGCUGUGGAGCUUCUACAACGCACCCUGGGAGAAGAGGGUAGACUUGGCGCGCCAGCUCAUGGACAUUGCCGAGCAGCUCACCAACAAUGACUUUGAGUUUGCCCUCUACCUGCUCGAUGUCAGCUUCGAUAACUUUGCAGUCGGCCCACGCGACGGAAAGGUCAUCGUCGUUGAUGCCGAGAAUGUUCUCGUGGCAGACAAAAGGCUGAUCAAGCAGAACAAGCCAGAGAGCUACGACGUGUGGUACGAGAGCCGCUUCGAGGAGUGUGACAGAGAGGCCUGCCUUUCUUUCUCCAAGGACUCCCUUUGUUCCAGGGUCACAGUGGACCACAACUACUAUGCCGUGUGCCAGAACCUGCUGUCGCGGUACGCUACGUGGCGGGGCACCACCGGAGGCCUCCUCCAUGACCCCCCCGCCCACAUAGCCAAAGAUGGACAACUCGAGGCACUGUUGGACGAGUGCACCAAACCCAAAAAGCGCUACGGCCGCUUUCAGGCGGCCAAGGAACUGCGUGAAUACCUCACACAGCUAGCUGCCGCUUCCUCCUCCGCUACGGCAAGGUAAUGAAUGGAGUCGGCGUUAGCCCGACGCACUGACAGACUGGAUCCUGUACUCUUUAUCUCCGAACUCUUAGAGAUCCUGGUUCUUGUACAUGAUGUCAUUCGCUUCUUCUUUGUGCACUGGAGCAGGAAGGUGUUAGAGGUCUUGCAUCAGGAAGUGUAAGAAUCAAAACUUCAAAGCAGAUUUGUCUAAGCUCUAGCUUUUACCUGACUUUGCUCCUGUGUGAAAGAGGAGUGUGGCGCUAAGAGAUUCUGGUUAGAACCAGGAUAGAGAGGGGAUAGAGGUAGCCUCUCCUCACCCGGGGUGGGCUGCCAUCGUUGGGGAGGGAGGUGAGAAAAGGGCUCUGGUAAACGCAUCCUUCGCUGGACCCAACCGCAAACCAGAGCAUCUAAGCAUCUAGCGCAGCAACAUCGACCACAUCCAUCCUCCUGUUCACUCCUCAGUCCAUCAGAACUGUUGUGUUUUAUAACAUUGAAUCUUAACACCGUUUCAUUUUGCCCUAGGAUCUCUCUCUUUUUUUUUUUAAAUUCAGGGCUGAAUUUAAGUACAUUGGUGCGUUUACAUUUUUGCUGUGCCAUUGCUUUUUUCUCUGUAGCAUGGCUGCAGGGAAGGCGGAGGUAGCAUGAAUCUCCUGCUGUCAGGCAGCAGCGAAGGCCAGGCUACAGCAGGUAGAGAGGAGAGGCAGGGGGUUGGGGGUUUGGUCUUCAUGCAGGAGAAAAAGAAAACCCUUGACGACUAUAUAAGUCUAAUUUCCUGCUCCUCCAAUCAAUCACUUGAUUUCCAGGUUCCAGGAUUGUGGCAAUCAUCUGUUGUUGUUUUUUUCUAAGUGUGGUUUUUUUUCCCCAUUUUCAAUAGGAAACAGAGAGAGUGAGACAGCUGCACAUAGGAAAAGGAAUGGGAGUAAUUGAACAGUGGUGGUCCCUUGAUGCAGAUGUGCCUAUACCAAAGAGGCUAUAUGUAAUAAUAAGAACCCUGAGCAGUACAGAGUGACGGCACCUUUCCCUCCAGUUGUUCCCCAGUAGAGCUGUCCAAAACAAUGUGUACACAAGCCUAUAUGAGCGCACAGGCCUGCAUACUGAUUUAUUUUUUUCCAUAAGAACCUAAACCAGAGGUGUGCGAGCCAAAGAUUGGGCAUACUUAAUGUCACAGAACCCCCUCUGUAUUGUUCACCUCCCAUACCAUUGAUGAAUGAUGGUCAGAUGGGCCUGGGCAUGCUUUUCUUCAACAACGUGGAAAAAACCCACUAAACUAAAUAAAAGAGGGAAAUUACGUGAUCCUUAAGAGGACUCGAAAACACAAUAAAACAGCGUAGCAGUGGCCUCCAGUGCCAAAUUCUCUUUAAAUGUCUGUAAUUGAUAAAUGAAUCCUAUUGUCAAACUUCUCCCACUAGUGUUGAGCGCAGUAAAGCUCUAUCAAGUAAAUGUUAAAAAGGGGAAAUGAAGAUAUCCCUAAAUUACCGUCUUGCUCCAGAAGCAGGCUUCUGACCUGCACUUUUAAAUUUUGCAGCCCAGAAAUUUCUGUUGAAUAUUUAAACACCCGGCACCACUUAGAGGUUGGGUUGAUUUUACACUCAGUGGACCAACGAAUUAAAGCGUAAUUACAAAUACAGGCUCAUUCGGUAAUGGAUUAUGAGAGAUCUUAACUCUUUAAAAAAAAAACAAAAAAAAAAACCUUUCUUUUGGUCCAUAUGUUUCGUAUUUCAUCUGUCUCGAUGUUGUGAAUCGGACGCUAAACGCCCAGUGGAGUUUUGUGUAGCACGGUCAGCAGCCCAAUAAUCAAGUAAAUAUUAGGGAUGCACCGAAUAUUCGGUAACCGAAUAUAUUCGGCCCAAUAUUGCAAAAAAACACACAUUCGGUAUUCGGUGGAAUAAGUGAAAAGCAAGGCCGAAUAAUAGCGGCGUGUUUUGAUAAUGCAAUCAAACAGCGUGCAGUGACGGACAGAGUAAAAUGUCGGCAGUGUGGCGAUAUUUUACUCUGUCCGUCACCGCGCUCGCAUUUGCGACUAAAAAUAGUUUUGUGCAGGCAAAAUAGGCUUAAAUCAUUCAGCACGUUGUGCGAGUACAGAUUUCAACCAGCAGCAGAAAUGAAACGGCAAAUCCCGCCGGUUGUGGGUUGAACGGGGAUCACAGACACAGACAGGAAUACGUAGGCUAUUCCUGUCAAAUACGGCGGCGCAUGAUAACGGCUUACCCGCCGGCUCCAGGUGAAUAACUUGUUGUCAUGACUGCCCAAAAGCAGGCUACCUGAACAGCCGAGCCAUGGCGGCACACAGUAUGUGGCGUAUCAGAGGAGAAACAAGCAGUUCACAUUUCUCUCUUUUAGUCUUUCAGUGGCAGGUAACAGCCCACAAACCUCACCGCACUUUAGGGACUGUUCUUUAUUUAUGAAGGGACUUGUCAGGAUCCCCGCUAUGUUCAUCACUGAUUGAUGCUGUUUUUGAAGUAUGAAUAAGUCAAUAAGUAAUUUAUUCCAUUGAAAUAUCAUUGAUGUAUUAUAGAAAAGUGAUUUAUCUUUUUAUAAAUGACAAAAGGCACAUCUGCCUCAUUUUCGCUGUGGUAUCGUGAUACUACUUAGAACCAUGAUACUUUCACUGGUAUCGUACAGUGGGUCCCAAUUUUGGUACCGUGACAACACUAAUCUGGAGGGGGUUCAUCUGCAAAAACUAAUGAAAAAACAGCAUUCGGUAUUCAGUACUCGGUAUUCGGUCAAGCGUUUAAUAUUAUUCGGCUUCGGCCACAAAUUUUCAUUUCGGUGCAUCCCUAGAAAAUAUGAGCCAAUCCAUCUACGGGGGAAACUGGAAAGCACAGCAGUUGCUUUUGUUGGCCUUCUGCAAGAUCCGGGGAGCGGGCGUGACCCCUGUCAGCUAGGAAAAGCAAUAAAGAGAAGUUCGGCUAAUGGAUUUCUGGUUUUCAUUUGUUGUGUCUGAUACAUUUCUGUUUCCCCCUGUACGGAGGACGUUGAACCUGGAGGGAUUUGUACAUGCGUAACUAACUGUCCACUUUUGUACUGUAAUUUUUCUUUUGAGUAUUAUAUCAGCAUUGUCUGAUUUUUCCUGUGCCUUUCAUUCAAAAGUUGUAUUUACAACUUUUAGUGGGUUUAAAUAUUAAAAAUAAAUGAAGAUAUAUAUAUAUAUAUAUAUAUAUAUAGAUAUACACUG